AUGAACAAGCUUCGGACCUUCUCUCGCAAAGAGGCGGCGUCGCCGCCGAAGGAAAAGUCGUCGCUCCCCAAACGCGUGGAGACGGCGGAGUCCAGGGGCGAGCUGAGCCCGGCGCUGUCGCCCAUCGCCACGCUGCUGUCUGCGCAGGCCCAUCGCAGAUACCACGAGGGAGUGUUUAUGAUUUUGAAGGAUUUGGACUCGGAGGGCCAGCCCGCCGAGCGCAAAUGGGAGGAGGUGUACGGUGUUCUCACGGGCAACCAGCUAGCGGUUUACAGAGUCGAGGAGAUGGAAGAGGUGCCGUCGGUCGAUUCGGCUAGCAAGCCCUCAUACAUAAAUUUCACGGACGCCACAUUCAAGGCGAUCGACCAGCUGCCCUCGUCAGCGGGCAACCUGAACAACGUCAUCAUCGUGUCGACCACGCUGAAAAAUAGGUAUCUGAUUCAGAUCUCGUCCACCGAGCAGUUCCGACGGUGGCACGCGGCCUUUCGACUCGCAGCGGCAGAAUACCGCCUGUUGCAAGAGGCGUACACGGGAGCGCUGUUGAGCGCGCGCGGGUCGCUGCUGUCGGACAUCAAGGUCAUUUUGGCAGAGACGAAGUUCGAGCACGAGGAGUGGACGAGCGUCAGAUUCGGCGCCGGCAUGCCCUGGAAGCGGUGUUUCACGGUGAUCGAGCCUCCAGCGAAAAAGAGCAAAAAGAAGUUUGUGCCUGGCCGCGUCGUUUUCUACGAGUCGGAGAAAAAGGGCAAGAAGCUGGCCAUGGCCACCAUCACCGACGCCAACUCCAUCUAUGCCGUGUAUCCGCAGAACUACGCCGUCAUCGACCACAGCACGAUGAUCAAGCUGGACGGCUCUAUUGUGUUCUCCAAGUCGGAAGGCACGAAGGACUGCUCCAUCUUCUUGAUGCCCGACCAGCACUCGUCGGUGCCCGGUUACGACACGCUGAUCCGGUUCCUCAUCCCGCUGCUGGACGCUUUCCAUCUGUACGGACGACCAAAAGCCCUGAAUGCCAAUAAGCUCGAUCCGAAUUCGCUGCUCUUUGCGCUGCCGGUGCUGCCCAAGGUGCACUACCUUGAGGUGGACGAUCUGAUGCAGCUUACAGCCAGUGCCACCACGAGCUCCUGGACCUCGUACCAAUGGCAGCAGGGCGUGAAGGACAUUUUGAUACCAAAGGUGGCCAAGGGCUACGACGGCUGCGGCUCAGUCGAGGGCACAGCUGGAGCCCUGGGGAUGCUGGAGUUUUCAAGAGACCUUGCUGCUGGCAAAGUGCGGUCUUUCUCGAACCCACAGUCUCCUACGAUGACUCCAAAGCCGCAGUUUGGAUUCGACAGGGAGAGACACUCGUCGGGCCUGGCAAAAGAGACUCCAAAGGCAGAGGAAAGGAACCUGUCUGAGAGCAUUGUGGACGUGAAAGCCAACGAGGACAGCGGCUCGUUGUACUCUGAACUGCGAUUCAGACAGCGCGAUGAGCAAAUGCAGACCCCUGAACUGCAGCCAGCUAGAGAACCGCACAAGAAACAGUCUUCACCGGGCGGUCUGGCAAAGAUCUACUCCAAGUACGCCCAGCUGCCUGACUACGACCAGCUGAACGACUCGCUGGCCAACCUGGACGUGAACGAAGACGCAAUCGAGGACCUGUAUCCUAAGGAGGAAUCGGAGGACGAGGAAGACGACGACGACGACUACGACAUCCAGAUCAUCAACCCAAGGACCAAGACCCCAGCGAUAGUCAAGUCGUCUCCGUCGCCAGGACCCGAUACCACCCCAACAGCGAGACCGCACGCGCCAUACGGCCAGCCGAACCCGCGGUACGGCAGCACGUCCUCGCUGGCGUCGUCGACGGACUCUGGUGACCGCUCCGACAGAAGAGCUCUUUCUCAGGAGCGAGUCGUUUCUCCGUUCACGGCGUUCAACAAGUCGUACCAAGAAGCCAUCCAGCCCAGCUUUGCGUACCAGGCGCCGCCUGAGCCGCAGAACUCGACGGUUCUCGAAGUGCCGAGACAGAGAGCGACUAGACAGGACCCAGGAAGCGAAAGCUCGUAUGCUUCGGCCGUACAGCUGGAGGACCCGCCCCAAAGACCGUCCCAGCCAUACUACGAACCACAGAGGUCCGGCUCGUCCGGCUCUGUCGAGUACAGACCGGCACAGCAAAAACCACAUUUCCAGCGAGCUCCUCCAAACAACAUAGUCUCGCAGCAGGUGGCGUACGGCGGGUACCAGAACACCCAGCUGCAGCCUGUGCCGGGCCAAAAGCUACAGUCUCCAUACAAUCCGCAGGGCCCCUCCGUGUACGAAUACCAGGCUGCUCCUCGGCCUGCGCCGCCGUCUGCAGGGUACGUGAACGGCUAUGUCGCUCCGCAGGCGCCAGCGGCCAACAUGUCGUCUCCGCGCCGCAGACCGCCGCCGCCGCUGAAUCACUCGCAGCAGUACUAUCCACAGUCGCCAAACGUGAACCCGCACGGCUUCUAUCCGCAGCAGUACGCCAGACCGUACGCAGAGCCGGCGAUCCAGCCGCAGCAGCCGCAGCAGCCGCGCAGAGACAAGAACAACCCGUACGCGCUGGCCAAGAGCGCGCACGAGACCACCGUCUCGUACCACAAGAACCCGUACUCCAGCUAA